UGGAGGCUUGACCUGUUGUUAACUUCUGGCAGCAGGGGACCAUUUGCUGCUCUGCCCCGUCUCCCUCUCUGUGCCUGGGGAUUUCUCCCUAGGGAUGUACCAGUGUGGUCUCUUAACUGAUGAGCAAAAGCUUAUAGGUUAAUGCUACGAACCCCGGGCCCAUCAGUUCAUUAUUUAACAGGCUGGCCAGCAGCUUAGCUCAGUUCUGGCAGGUGCAGGACCUUAUGCCCCCACUGUGGUGCUGCAUUUAUAGUGUAUUAGGAUCUGGGCAGGCAGGCAGCCAGCUCAGUUCUGAUUUGUGCUGGGUCUGGUGCUCAGACCAUGUCGCCCUGCAGUUAGGCUGCUGCCACCCUGCAUUGCUCCUUCUUUUUCAGAGGCAGCAGCACAGGGCAACAAGCAGUUGGUCUGCAAGAGGAGCUGGCUUUUAAACUGGCUCCCUUCACAGACUAGCUCCCAGCUGGCACCCCAUGCUGCUGCUGGCCCCAACCCCGUAGACUACAGAAUACUUGACUGAUAAGAAUUCAUGAGGUUAUCUGACUAUUCAAUUAACCGAUAUUUAACAUCGCUACUUCUCCCUUCUGCUGGGGCAGGCUGUACUGAUAGCACUCACAGGCCUGUGUGUUCUUUGGUGCCUUUUUUGCAGUAAGAGUGAGAUCAGAGCAGGUUUGUUUCUGUUUUAUCAAACACUGAACUUAAAACUUGCUGAAACCCUCUUGUCCUAGAGAAGCAGAUUGUCCCAGGGCAGAGGGACUGAAAAGAACCAUAGUUUUUUUUCCAAGUCUGGUUCCUGGUCAGUUAAAAAUCCUGGUUCUCUGGGUCUGGUUCAGUUAUCUGCAGAGCUGUCCCUGGGGAGAGAGUCUCUGGUUACUGCAAAGGCAGAAGAGGCUGAUGUCUGCCUGUGCUCAGGAUACAGAGCCCUAGAGCUGAUUGAGUUUCCUGGAUCAGAUGCUGCUGUCACCGACAUCGUGAUCUGGGAACCCAACUGUGCAGUGGGUCUGUAGCAGGGAGAGACAUUUACUGAAGCCCCUCUAUGCCCGGGGAAUGUUCCCCGGUGCCUGUUACUUGUCCGUUGGGGCAGCCCCAGGCUCUGCUGGUAUCCACUCCAGGUGAUGGGUAGAGAAUUGGGGGACAAAGCUUGGGAGAGACAGGAAAGUUACUCAGCCAAACCAGCUGAGUUUGUGCCAGAGCGGAGGGGGUCCACGUGUAUCUGCCGGUCUCAGAGUUACUGCCCUCAGUGACACAGCCAGGCUCCCACUGGAGACCAAAUGCCUAUGGGCACUGGGCAGGCACCAGUGCUCCCAGCAGAGGGGAGAAAGCAGGAGACAGGAGGGCAAAAUGCGGAGAUCAGAAGGGGCAGCAAGAAGUAGGGAAUGAGGUUUCCAGCUCCCAAACCUGCCUAGACCAAUUCACUGCCUCACCCUGAGCAGACUGACUGUCCUGGGAGCAAGGAGCAGGGAAGGAAAAGCCAGUUCUUGCGCCGUCCAGUCCCCAUGUGAUGGCGGGGGUUGGGGCGGGGUUGGUGCCCUCAGGGACAAUGUGGGAGAAUCCCCCCGAGUGGCACGUUUGGCACUUCUGCAUUUUCCUGAUGUUUGUCUCAGAGACUCUGUCCUGGGGAGAGUGUAAAAGUGCCUGGUGGGCUCAGCCCUGGAGGAGGGGCCAGGCCUGUGUUGUAACCACACAAUUGAGGGUUUCCUAGAAUGGCAAAGCCUAGUGCGUCUGUCUGUAGGGAGAGAGUCUGGGGGAACUGGGGUGUGAAAUGGACCAAACCCUCUUUGGAGACCUCCCCAAUCACCCCUCUCACCCUGACAGGCUGAAGACUCACGUACCCACUUUGCUCCAGAUCAUCCCAUCUUGCAGGAGGCAGGGCAGGGAAAUGGCUGUGGUGGAGCCUGCUCAGAUGCCGGUGACCUUCGAGGAGGUGGCUGUGUAUUUCACCGCAGGGCAGGGGGCGCUGCUGGGCCCCGCUCAGAGAGCCCUCUACAGGGACGUCAUGCAGGAGAACUACGAGACUGUGGUCUCACUGGGAUUCUCCAUUCCCAAACCUGACCUGAUUGCCCGGCUGGAACGAGAGGAAGAGCCGUGGGUCCCAGAUCUCCAGCCCUCCAAAGAAAUGGAGAUUCAGAGAGGUACCCGCACAGCAGGUGGUAGGGCAAUGAGAGAGAACAAGGAAGAUAAUGGAUUGCAGGAAGGUCCUGGAACCGAUGAAUUACAAGGAAUCUCUUUGGAAGGAGUUGAAGGGUAUUUUUCCCCGUAUGUAGAACAGGGGAAAACCUGGGGGAAACGACACAGGGCAGAGAAGCAGCUGGAGAACAAUCCAAGCAGGAAAGCGGAGGAAUCCAUUGAAUGCAGGGAAGGAUCGAAGGACACCAAGGAAACUCCAGGCCAGGAGACAAAUCACAAUGGAAAGAAACCCUGUGAAUGCUCAGAUUGUGGGAAAAGAUUCAGUGAGAAGUUAGGCCUUAUUCUGCCCCAGAGAGGGCACACAGGAGAGAGACUCAGUAAGUGCCUGGUGUGUGGAAAAAGUCUGACUGAACUGUCAUCCCAUAUUCAACAUGAGAUUAUCCACAUGGGAGAGAAAUCCCAUAAAUGCUUUGAGUGUGGGAAAAGCUUCACCUUGCUAUCAUACCUUAGUAGACAUCAAAAAACCCACUCAGGAGAGAAACCAUAUAAGUGCUUCAACUGUGGGAAAAGUUUCAGUCGGAGUGCACACCUUAUUAUCCAUCAUAGAAUGCACACAGGAGAGAGACCCUAUAAAUGCCAUGAAUGUGGGAAAGAUUUUGCCAAACGAUCAGUCCUUACUGUUCAUGAGAGAAUCCACAUGGGAGAGAGACCAUAUAAAUGCCAUGAAUGUGGGAAAGGUUUUACUUGCCGAUCAGCUCUCAUUAGACAUGAGGGAAUCCACACAGGAGAGAGACCAUAUAAAUGUUAUGAGUGUGGGAAAAGUUUCACUAUGCGAUCAGACCUUACUGUCCAUGAGAGAACCCACACGGGAGAGAGACCAUAUAAAUGCCAUGAGUGUGGGAAAUGUUUCAGUAGGCGAUCAGUCCUUAUUAGACAUGAGAGAACCCACACAGGAGAGAGACCAUAUAAAUGCCUUGACUGUGGAAAAAGUUUCAGUCAGAGUUCACACCUUAUUAUCCAUCAGAGGUUGCACACAGGAGAGCGACCGUAUAAAUGCAAUGAAUGUGGGAAAGGUUUCACUGAGCGAUCAGUCCUUACUGCCCAUGAGAGAACCCACACAGGAGAGAGACCAUAUAAAUGCCUUGAUUGUGGGAAGAGCUUCAGGCAAACCUCAACUCUUACUAGACAUGAGAGAAUCCACACAGAUCCUCCAUCAGCAAAUCCUUCCGGAAAGAAUACUCUCAGAAGUGUUAUACAUACUAGCUAAUGAAACUGGCUAAAAGCCUGGUCACUAGAGACCGCUCCACAGCUGAGGGAAAUUCUCUCCAUGCCCUGGCUGACCCCACACACAGAUGAGUGACAUUUGGCUCCUUGGGAUCCAGAUGUCCAGUACUGGGGUGAGGAGACCACAGCACCGAACAAUCAACUCGUCCGUGAUUGUUGGGUCAAUAAUUGUGGGCUCUACUUGGUCUCAGCAAACCCCAAUCAACUGUCCUGCUGGCUGCAGCCCUGAUUGCUGACCUGAUGGGCCACAGGGGGAAGAAGGAAGAAACAAACUCUUCCAGCCC